ACUGCACUUUGGAAUUCAAAGGUAUCAAGGGAGGAAGAGCUUGGGGAGGAGUCUGUAUUUUAUCAGCAAUUGCACACACUCUCACUGUGGAAAUCUGUUGAGUCCAGGUCAUCCCAUUGUUUUCCUAUGAGGACCAGCACAGUAGAAGAACCAGAGAAGUCUGGUUCUGUCCCAGUGAUAAUGGGAAUUGUGCUGUGGCUCCACAAAGGGAACGGGAGAUGCCCAAAUUCCCUUCCAUAUGUUAGAAAAUAUAGAUUGGCCUUUGCAUUGAAUACAGAAUUCAAUGCCAAUCCCAUAUGCUGUUAAACAUGAGAAAAUAAGGUGAACAAAAAUGUUUUACUUUCUUGUUCUACAACAAUUCACUGAAAGUUACACAUUCUCCUGAAAAACAUAGUACAAGCCAUGAGUCUUAAGUGAUAAAGUAUCCAAGCAGAGUGUAGGAAAAACGAAUAAUUUAGGAGGCAUAUGCAUCUCCUGGGCAGAGUCAGGUCUCUCUUCUUCAGUGUGACUGACAAAAAGAGUUCAUACAAAGGGCUUUAUUUUCACUUGGAACCUGGUAAUUGGGGUGUGGUUCAGGUGACUUCUUUGAGGUAAACUGGGGAUCUCUGGAAGAAUCUAUAAUGAGUGUGUCUCAACAGCUGCUCUGUUAGGCAGGUCUCUUCCUUUACAGGAUCUUUUGAAAGUUGUUUUUACAUCUGUGCUCAUGUAUCCUGAAUGAUUGUAACCAAGACUAUCUUGUGAAUAAUAUGACAGCAAAGGCUUGUUGCUGCACACAGAAGGAUAUUGCAAAUAGAGUCUCAAAAAUUCUCAAGGAGCCAAACUCCUUUUUCUCUAUAUCAUUAUUUUUAAUCCAGCAUAUGUCAGUCUAGUUUUCUAGUAAGACAUCAUGGCAAUUUCUAAAUGGAAGGUGGCAAAAUAAUAAUCUAGAGAAUCAGGCCUUUUGACUACUAUCAGACAUGGAUAUAAAUCUUGUAUUGUUUUGCUCUGUUGCUAAUCUUUCUCAUUGGCAAAAUGGUUUUAAAUAAUGAGAGAAGUUCACCUUUCUUCCUGCACUCCCCAGUUACAAUCUGAUGCUGUGUUGGCUGUGAUGGCAACAUUGGUUUAUGUUAUUCCUGCCUGUAGGAAUCUACUGUGCCACUUCCUCAGCUGUGGUAAUACAAAUCCUUGUGAAUGAAAUCAGGGAACUGGAACAGCAUCUAAAAAUAUUUUCUAGAUCUGAUCAAUUCCCAGGUUCAAGGAGAGCAAGCCACUGCUGUGUUACUUGUUGUCAGUGGGGCAGAGAGGUUGGAAUGGGAGGAAACAUGGAAUAGCGAGAAUGGGCAUUGCUGUCACAGCAGCCUGGCAUGACACUGUGCCUUGGCAGGUAUCUGUUGGAGGCUUUUUGGCUGGCUAUUGCUAAUCUUUGUUUAUUGGUAUUAAAAAUUGCCCAGAAAGAAAUGUAUGCAAAGUGUCCUAGAUUGUGAUGGACUGUUUUGGAUGUCGGAGGAAUUCCUGAUACAGUUUGGCUUGGCUCCAAGCCUCUUAGGCAGCUACAGCUGGGUUAGAGCUUGUGAGCUGGUUCAUGAUGUGUGUCUCAGACAGGACUUUAGUGAAGUUCUGCUCUCCUCAUUUAUCUUCUGCUCAAUGUUUUAACCUGCUCUUGUUCUGUCCAAAUCCCUGCCUUUGUACUGGCAGCACCUGCUUGCCCUGGUCUUCUGCACCUCCCAUCACCUGUCCUGCUCUUUCUAGAGAGUGCUUGGUGCCUUUCUGGGGUAUUAUGACAUCCACCCUGGCUCUGGUUAAAUUGGGUAUUGUCCUUGUUCUCGUGAGGACUUUGGUUUUUAGUUUUGGCCUGACUAGACCCCAUAUUCUUGAUUUGUGCUGCAAGCCUUUGCCAUUGCCUGACUUGGCUCUGGCUGCUGCGUACAAGGGUCCAGGACUGUCAGGUUGGGUGGCUGAUAAAUAUACCCCCAAAAGGGACAUUUUGACUCUGUCUCAUAACUUCAUCUUUCUCUUCCAAGGAUUAGUUUUGUCUCAGACUCGGGAGAUCUUAAUGUUCUUGAAAGUUUUCAGAACAGAUACGAAAACCCACGAGGUAUUUGUGCUGCAAAUGGCUCCAAAAGUUUCUUCAUAGGUACUGCUGCCUAAAAGGUUUGGAAACAAAUAAUGUGUUAGCUCAGUUGAUCAGAGCCUGGUGCUGAUACUGACAGUGUUGCAAGUUUAAACCCCAUGUGGGCCAGUCACUUAAGAGUUGACUCAGUGGUCCUUGUGGGUGCCUUCCAACUCACUGUAUUCUGUGAUUUCAGUUUAUUAUUCCACAUCCCAUCGUGUAUUUCCUUCAUGCUUUGGACAGCUGUCUGAGGACUAUCAAUGCAGCAGGAGCUGAAGAUUUGCCAUGACCCUGUGUAUUCUGAUUAAAUUGCAGGCAUUUUUCUUCCUUGUGUCUAAUUUCCAUAGCUCCAGACAAAUCUGUCCUUCAAUGUGUGCCAUGUCCCCUCUGAGGCCGGGGUGACAAGGCACCGUGAGCUUAGGGCGAGGCUGUGAGAGGAGGGAACGGGCACGUCCCUGUGUCUCCCCCUCGCACGGGCGGAGUGGGCGGAAUUCCAGCAGGGACGAGGACGGGAACGGAGCCGCGGCUGGCGGGGGGAGCCUCGCGAGAUCCCGCCCGCCCUGCCGCCGUUCUCGCGAGGUUUCCGCCCGGCUGCGGGCGCGGCGGCUCCGUGCGCUCGGAGCGGGAGCAGGGCGGGGGCCGGGACGGGGACCGGGAUCGGGAUCGGGAUCGGACCGCGGCGGCGGCCGCCACUCGCGGCCCAUGGACGCCCCGCAGCUGACGGAGUCGCCGCGCCGCGACACGGACGCUCCGCCGAGCCCGUCCCCGCUGCCGCCGCCGCUUCAGCCGGCGCCGGGGAAGCAGCGGGAGGAGAAGAAAACGGCGCUGAGCAAAGUGGUUAUUCGAAGGCUUCCUCCUUGUCUAACCAAGGAGCAACUGGAGGAACAGCUGCAUCCUCUACCUGCCCAUGAUUAUUUUGAGUUUUGCACUGCUGAUCCCAGCCUUUAUCCUCAUCUCUACUCAAGAGCAUACAUUAACUUUAGAAAUCCUGAGGACAUCCUUCUUUUUAGAGAUCGUUUUGAUGGCUAUAUCUUCAUUGAUAAUAAAGGUUUGGAAUAUCCUGCAGUGGUUGAAUUUGCUCCAUUCCAGAAGAUUUCAAAAAAGAAACUGAAGAAGAAAGAUGCCAAAGCUGGGAGCAUUGAAGAUGAUCCAGAAUAUAGGAAAUUUUUAGAGAAUUAUUGUGCUGAUGAAGACAAGAUCUGUGCCAAUCCUGAGAUUCUUUUGGGAGAGAUUGAGGCCAAAACAAGGGAACUCAUUGCUAGAAGAACAACACCCCUUUUGGAAUAUAUUAAAAAUAGAAAAUUAGAAAAGCAGAGAAUACGAGAAGAGAAAAGAGAAGAACGAAGGCGGAGAGAAUUGGAGAAGAAACGUUUGCGGGAGGAAGAGAAAAGGAAGCGCAGAGAAGAAGAAAGACGUAAAAGAAAAGAAGUGGAGAAGCAAAAGAAGAUUUCUGAAAAAGAAAUAAGGAUCAAGCUUCUCAAGAAGCCUGAAAAAGGAGAUGAACUGGCCAGUGAAAAGCACAAAGAAAAAGGUGAAGAAGCUGACAUUGAGGAAAAUAAAUGGGAUAAAUCACCUGGAUCUGGGAGUAUAAAAUCCAAAUCUUUGGAGAGUUCACUAAAAGAAAUUAAGGAAAAGCCACAAAAUGAUAGUGACAAAGAGCAAAGAGAUUUGGAGAGAAGAUUUCGAGAAAAAGAACCUGAAAGACAAAGGAUCGUCCAGCCAUGCAGUUGUACCAGCCAGGAGCUCGCAUCCGAACACAUAUGGGACCUACAAGCAAAACCUAUGACUGCAGUGGGAAAUCCUUUGAAGAUGCUCUUGAUAAAAAGUAUGAGGCAGAUAAUUCAGCUGGAGCUGGUUCUGAAAAGACUGAAGAAGCAGAAUAAAACAGUCUGGGGGAAAAGUCUUGUGAAAAGGAAUGAAUUUAAGAUUCAGCAUCAUCACACAAAUCCAUUGGGCUGUUUCAGAAUUCCACAGGCAAUUGCAUCACAAAAUAAUAAAAGCUCUGUCUCUUACUUUCUAUAAAAUAAAGGGAAGAGUGACUGGAGAUAUAUAAAAUAUCUUACAGCAAAGUAAUAUUGUUGCUUUUUUACAAAAAGCGGCUCAAGCACUCUUUGCCUAAUUUAAAAGCAGUUCAAAUAUUUUAUUAGAUUUACUUUGAAAUAGAAGGCCCUCUAACAAUUUUAAGGGAAUAUUUAUAUAAGACUUUAGAGAAGCUAUGUCAACUUCUUGAGUCUAAAAGAAUGAAACGUAAAUUUGCAUCAGUUUGAAAUCUGGCAUUUUUCAUGUAUUUGGUGCAUGACAUGAGGGUCCACAGGACCCUCAAAAGGCAAAUUCCUUUUGAGGAAAAGGAAGAGGCAGGGGCGGGGGCUGCUGUAGGGUGUUGUAGAUGGACUCAGUGGGACCAGCCCUGGGACGAAGCUCUGGAGUGGUGUUUACAGGAUGAGGCCCACAGUUUGCACAGUUGUGAGGAAUGUCCAGUGGUAUCUGUACCUCAUGGUGUUUACAUUGGUUUUCAAUUAACUGUAGUGUCAGAUAAGUGUUAGUAAAGCUACAAGUAUGUUGUUGGAGAGUUUGUCAUUUUCUGAGCCACUUUUGCCUUUUAUGUUUUAAUAGAUUCCUUGUGCUUAAAACAGAAGACAGCUAAUGCAAACAUCAGCACAUUAACAAUAAAUCUGGUUUUAAUUAAUUAACUGGUUUUUAUCGUUCUGACACUGACUUUUGGACAAAAAAAGUGGUUGUACAGUGAUGACUUUUUAUAUGCUAAUGUUUCAUAUAAGUUGCAGUAACAGGAUUUAGAAAAUGUAAAAUACAUGCAUUCUGCAGUUUUAUUUGUUAAAAAAUUAAACACACAUGAAUGUCAAUUGCAAACUACCAUUUUGUAAGAUCCAGGCCAAAUUCUGCCCUCUAAGGCAGGCACAUAUACAUGUGUAUGUGUGGGGGUGUGUGUGUCUUCUGUUGGUUUCAAUGAUAGACGUGUGUUUAUGAAAGGGCAGGAUAUGUUCAUUUUUCUUUCAUGGCUGAAAAUUUCUCAGUUGUCUAAAACAGACCUGCUUUGUCAUUGAAGUUAAAUAGUAAGAUAUUAUUUUUACAUCCUCUCUGAACAUUUUAUUAUUAAGUAUAACAUCUAAUUGUCCUAGACUGAAAAUUAUUUAUUGUAUUUUACCAGAUAUUAAGCAUUAAAUAGAAUAAAAGCAAAAAAGAUUUUGACUAUGA